AUGUGUCUGAGAUCUUCAGAGCCACUCCCAGACACAAACACACCCACGAUGAGAUCAGCCUCGUACAAUAACAAACGUAAAUCCAAGACACAACAAACCCAUCUUCGUAACCUUAAUCUCUCCAGGAGGAGAAGAUUAUUGAGGGAAGAGAAGGAGAUGAAGAUGAGAAACUUGAAGCUUUUCGUAGAGAAUCAAAGCAUCAUACGAGAAAACGAGGCUCUAAAGAAGAAAGCUCUUCUUCUCCAACAAGAAAACAAAGCUCUCUUCUCUCUGCUUCAUUCAAAACUCUCCCCUGUUUCCACCUCUUCCUCUACCUCUUUCCUUUAG